AAAAAUAUCGAAUAUUUGAUCAUUGUGAAAUAUCGAUAAAAACAUCUCCAAAUGUCAUCCGCAAAGUGUGCUGCAAUUUUCAAAUGCAGUUUAUGCGAUAAUAGGUUUUUAUCUUUUUGUCAAACCGACAUGGAAGUACUGCGAGGAAUGUUGCGUACAUUAUUUUUAUAAAAUACACUUGUUCAAAUAUUAUUAAAUGUCAGUCUCUUUUCGUUAUUAAUUGAAUGUUGGUAGCUUGUGCAUAACCUCUCAUUGUGGUUAGUCCAACUCAGCUACUUUAUUCCAGUUUAUAUAACUGUACAGUGAUCAUUAAAAUUAGAAAAUUGAAUUUAAUAAGUUUGCAAAGAAGCUUGUAAAAUAUUGUAACACAGAGAAAACUUGUGAAAUAUUGUUACUUGUUAUUUGAUACACAGUAAAUUCUAUUACUAUUUAUGCAAACUGUGCACUAUCAAUUGGCAUCAUGACAUUUAUUGAAUACAUACAAACUUUAUCCGAUAAUCCUUAUUUUGGAGCUGGUUUUGGUCUUUUUGGCCUUGGAGCUGCAGCUGCUUUAUUAAGAAAAGGCACACAGUUUGGAGCUGUGUUAUUCAGACGGCAUUAUAUGAUCACUCUGGAAGUACCAUGCCGUGAUAAAAGUUAUCAGUGGCUUCUGCAAUGGAUCACACACAAAGGUGCCAGAAAAACACAACACCUUUCUGUGGAAACUAGUUUUGAACAGAAAGAAACUGGUCAUGUAAAAACUAAAUAUGAUUUUAUUCCAAGUAUAGGAACUCAUUUUUUCAGAUAUAAGGGGAAUUGGAUAAAGGUUGAAAGAACAAGGGAGCAACAGACUUUAGAUUUACACAUGGGUAUACCGUGGGAAACUGUGCAGCUGACAGCGUUUGGCAAAGAUAGAAGCAUAUAUUUUAAUAUUCUUGAAGAAGCCAGACAAAUGGCUUUAAAGGAGCAUGAGGGAAAGACGAUAACGUACACUGCCAUGGGAAGUGAGUGGCGGCAAUUUGGACAUGCCAGGAAAAGAAGACCACUGGAAUCGGUUGUUUUGGACACCGGUGUUUCCGAGAGAAUAAUAAACGAUUGUCAAGAGUUUAUCAAUAAUCCUUCAUGGUAUAGCGAAAGAGGCAUUCCGUAUCGCCGGGGUUACUUGCUACACGGACCUCCAGGGUGCGGAAAGUCAUCAUAUAUCACCGCGUUGGCUGGAGAAUUGGAACGCGGUAUAUGCGUUUUAAAUUUAUCCGAGAGAGGUCUGACGGAUGAUAGAUUGAAUCAUUUAUUAGCAGUAGCUCCACAGCAGACUAUCAUCUUGCUCGAGGAUAUUGACGCCGCUUUUACCAGUAGAGAAGAAUCUAAACAAGUUAAAGCAGCGUACGAUGGCCUCAAUAGAGUAACAUUUAGCGGUCUAUUGAAUUGUCUGGAUGGCGUAGCUUCUACAGAAGCUAGAAUAUUAUUUAUGACGACCAAUUACUUGGACAGAUUAGAUCCUGCACUCGUUAGGCCGGGCAGAGUCGAUGUCAAAGAAUACAUUGGAUGGUGCAGCACGAGUCAGGUUGAGCAAAUGUUUCUAAGAUUUUAUAAGGAACCGGACAAGCAUCCUGGAGAACUUGCAAAGAAAUUCGCAGACAGUGUUGUGUCUUUUAAGAGGGACGUCAGUCCAGCACAGAUUCAAGGAUAUUUCAUGUUUCACAAAAAUAAUCCCGAUGCAGUCAUAAAUAACGUUGCACAAAUCUGGGAAAUCACGUGAUAAAAGAUGAAACUGUAGUUAUAAUUUCGAGUAAAACUAUUGAUGGUCAUGCAA